GCGGGGGAUGUUAGCGGCUGGGAGGUGGCCGUGUUGCUACAGCAGCGGCCACACUUGCAGUGGCGGCGGCGGCGGCGGCGGCCGGGAGCUGAAGCCUGAGGGUGCCGUCGCAGCGCGCCAUGGAGGGGCUGGACGGUGUUUCUUGGAAGUACAGAAGCACAUAAGAAGAGCCCUGCUGGAUCAGAUGGAAAGGCCUAAGUAGUCCAGUAUCCUGUUUCCCACAGUGGCCGUUCAGAUGGCUCUAGGAAAACUACAGGGAGGAGAUAAAGGCACGCUCCCCUAACAUUGUUGCAUUGUAGGUAAUCCAUCCAGUGUUUCCUGGAUAUAUGCGGUCUAUCCAGAACAGGAUAGUACUAGCAGAACAGACUGUGGAGCACUAGAAGCAUCUGUAUGGUUCAGGGACAACUUGCCUGCUUCUUCCAGCAUUCAAUAAAAACCAUAACUAAUCCUUUUGUCUGUUGUAAUUCUAAUUUAGAUGAUAACGGAAGUGUGGGGCGACCUGAAGAUCUGUUACCGUGCAAGAUUUGUGGGAGAACUUUCUUUCCAAAUGCACUGAAAAAACAUGUUCCCAUUUGCCAAAAAACUGCUACUAGGAGAAGAAAAACAUUUGACUCCAGCAGACAAAGAGCAGAGGGAACUGAUAUUUCCACAGUGAAACCUCUGAAACCACGGCCAGAACCCCCAAAGAAGCCAUCAAACUGGAGACGAAAGCAUGAGGAACUCAUAGCAGCUAUACGAGCAGCCAAAGGAGUUGAUCAGGUCCUUAAAGAAGGAGGAAAACUUCCACCUCCACCACCACCUUCUUAUGAUCCUGAUUACAUUCAGUGCCCAUAUUGUCAAAGACGAUUUGGCGAAGGUGCAGCGGAUAGACACAUCAAUUUCUGCAAAGAACAAGCAGCACGGAUUGCUAGUAAAGGGAAAGUGGUUACUGAUGCUAAAGGGAAGCUUCCUACUCGAACACAGUACAAAGCACCAUCAGUAAAGAAGAUGUCUUCUACAGGAAUAACACCCCCAGCCUCAUCACGUUUGCCACAACCAAGUACACCUGCCAGUAAAUUGCUGUCUACAAGUGGGCCUGUAGGAAACAAAAUCCAGAAUUCAUCUCCAGCUCAUAAAAACUCAGCAAAGACAACCCCACAAACUGGAGGUUACAUGAAAUCUCGGACAGCAGCAUCUAAUAUGACACGAAAUGCUGGCUUGGGUAUGAUGGCAAGCAAGAGGAAAGGCUACGGUACUGAAAACUACUCAAGCAGAACUGGUUAUGAGAGUGGAGACUGCUCAUCUUCUGUCAAUGGAGGAAGUUCAAACAGCAGUGAUGGGAAUUCAACUGCACAGUUACCAAAAUUCUGUUAUGAGUGUGGAGCCAAAUACCCAGUUGAAUCUGCGAAAUUUUGCUGUGAAUGUGGAGUUCGAAGAAUGGUUCUGUGAACAUGUUCUGUAAAGCAAAACACACAGCCAACUCUUCUGUUAGCCAUGGUUGCAUAAAUUUCUAUACUAUAGCUUCCCAUUAGAACUCAACCUAAAGCACCAUAGUAAUUUUCACCACAGUAAUUUUUUGAGCAAUUCUUCUUGAUCACAGAAUAAUUUAUAUAGAAAUAUAAUUAUACUGUAUAUAAAUAAGUACCUAAGGCUGUGCCAUUCAAAAAAGUGUUCUUGGUACACUGUUGGAAAUAUCUUUAAUGGAGCAAAAUAUUAAUUCAAGAUGUAGUUGGGGUGGGGGUGGUUUGUAAUCCUGUUAUGUAUUGUAUCCAUAAGUCCCUGGUCACUCACUCAUAGAUUACUAGCCCUGUACCAUUUGGUCUAAAGGAAGUUUUCUAAUAUGAAAUUCUUUAUACUAUGAGAAUAUUAUCCGUGAUGCUCUAGUAAGUCGGCAGAUAACUAGAUGACAGCUCCUCGUACAUCUCUUAUUAAUGACUGAAAUUGGUUCAGUCCAAAUGAUUGAUCUUUUGUUGGCUAUAUUAUUCAGACUCGCCACCUGACACUUUUCUCAAGACUGCUUUAUAAUCUGUAUAUGACGUUUCCUUUGUGUAUAAUGCAAGAUUUCUCCUUGAUAUUCUUCUUGUAACCGCCUUUAAAUAGAAUUAGGUUUACUGUAUUUUUAAAAGUAUGUUCCAAAUAAAUGAUUUCUGUUUUUGUUUAUGUUAACCUAUAGUUUUGCAAGUAAUUCACCUUCCUUCAGGCUUCUAUGGGAUCAGUUCACCAACUACCUCUGUCUAUGCAAGCUUCAUUGAAACGGAAGGGUGAUGUACAAGUACUUGGUGAUUUGUGUCCUUUAUCAGCCUUUCUCUACAGUGCUCUUCUUUCCUGGAUUUGUAAGGCUCUACACUUUUUUUUCUCUUAUAAAAGCAAAGUCAUAUAUAUAUUUAGUUUUAAUGUUUGUCUGAUGUGGCCUGAAUUAUUUACAUUGUUUUGCCUUUAUAGAGAGACUCGUGGUUGACUGUAAGAUAUUGUAGAAAUCCGUUUAUUUUUUACAAUAAUUGUGGAGCAAAUCAUUUCCAGAAUAUAUUGGAACAAUGCUUUUUGUUUUCAGUGAUAGUGGCCUAUGUGUUGCAUUGCUGUGGGCACGUGGAAGAAGGGCUGUGCCUUCACGGAGAGGCUGAAGCAUAACCACGGGGAAUGCUUCUGCAGCUGAGCAUGGGCGGUGAAGGAUGGGGAAGUGAUUCUGCAAGCUAAGAGGCCUUUGGGAGGGAGGGGAUACAAGUGAAAAGCACUUGCUUUUGAGUGGCAUCCUCCACCGCCCAUGUUCGACUGUGGAAUAAGGCUUUGUCUCAGGUCCUCUGCAGCCUCUCUGUGAGGAUGCAGCCCCUUCCGCUCUGCCAUGGCUUUGCAACAUCUGGACCAUUAUUUUCUUCUUAAGCAUUCUUGUUCUCUUUCUGAGGUCAAAACAUAACUCACUGGCUUCGAAAGGACUAAGCUCUGGCCCACUGAAGUCCUUAUGGUGCACCAGUAUUAAACUGCUUCAGUUCCUAAUAGUUGCUGUGAAAAGUUAAAAUAUUUUGCCUAUGAAGACUGGUAACAUUUAAUAGUGCCUUUCCCAAAAUAAUUUUGACCUCUUUGUUUCAAACAGCUACUUCCAAGCCAUUUUCAUCCCAAAUACAAUAAUCAUUUGUACUACCAUCAGGUACUCUGCAAGAAUUAACAUGCUGCAAGUUUUUGGUGUGUUUUGGGUUGGUUUUUUAAACACCUCUACAGACAUACUCUGACUAGCAACUUGCAAUAUACUUAGUAUGCAUUUGGUGGAUCAAGUUCUUUUCCCUUCUUCUGUUUUAUAGUAGGCUUAUUACUGCUAAAUUGCAGGUACUAGACUAUUAGAAUUAACACGUUCAUUGCUGUAGAAAUGUGUUCAUGGAUCUCUAAUUUUCCUUAUUAAAAAUGAAUAAAUUCUU